CGUAGAAGUGAGCGUCCAGAAUCCCCUUUAGUUGCUAACGGUCCACCAACUGAAAGCACCACCAGCACGGCUACAGUGAACAUGAAAAAUGAUGAUUUCACUCCCGUUAGACGCGCUGGUGAAGCGAAGAAAGAACAAACUCGUGUAUGGGCGUGGGGUUCAACAGGAGAGGAGAAAUGGAAUCCAGAUAUGGAGAUUGGCAUGGAUUGGAAAUCUUUGGUCAGAUCUGCACUGCUUCCAAUCACCACAGACUACUUCCCUGAUGGCUUGACUCUUCUCAAGGACUAUCUCUAUACCGAACAUCAGAUUUCUGUUGUUAAUGAUCAUGGCUCGAGAGCGAAAAUGGACAUAAAUCAGCUAUCGCGACUGGUCUUUGAUCAGCUGAUUUGUCAACGGUUGCAACGUGGUUUUCAGAUUAUUCUAAUGUCGAAGCCCUUGAUUCACGUGAGUUUAGCUACACUUUAA